AUGACCACAGGGCCUUUGAUUUACAUCAGAACCACAGGUGCUCUGUGGAAUGUUUCAAAGAUGAGGAAACCUGAAGCAGAAGAGGUUAAGUGGUUUGCCCCCCGUCACCUGGGGAGUCGAUGCAACCCUGGUAACUGGGCUGUGCGCGUUGGUCAGAUCCAGCUCAUUGCUCUGGCCUGUCAAGAUCAUUUCUCAUCAUCACUCUGUCUUGCAGUCCUCCGCUGCGCCACCCAGUGGCUGAUCACCCACAGGACACCUGCCAGUCCUCCCCACCUUCCUUCUUCACCCAGCCUGGAAACCACAAGAGUCCCAUCCAGGUCAAAGCCAGCCCAGGCAGGGGAAGUCCGGGAGAAGUUAAGCAAGAUGGGAAAACUGGCUCCUCAGAACUUGCCCAAUAUCACACAACAAGCAUGCUGCUACACUGUUAGCUCACCCCAAGUAAAAUGUCACCAUCCCUUGCCAACAGAGCCAGGGUUUUCUGAGAGUUCCUGCUGCAGGCUCAGAGAAGAGGGGCUGGCAGAUUCUCCUCUGUCUGCAGCAGGUGUCUCGUCCCAGGGGGCUGGGGGCUGUAUGAGGCUGGGAGGAGGGAAACAGGAAGGGUCGGGGCUGCUCUGUUCCUCGGCCUUUUCCCACGGGGCCAGCACGGUGGCCUGUGAGGACAGGAGGCGGCACAUCCAAGCCCAGCCCCAGCGGGCCAACGCCCACCAGGCCACCAUCUACACCAGGGCCCAUGAUGCUGUCACAUAUAUCAGAAGUAACUUCAUUUGGGAGCCGGUCAGUGCGCCCCGGCCCCGCGUCCGCGUGCGGGUCGGGCGUCCCGCGCCGUCUCCACGGUCAGCGGUCCUCCGGUCCUAUUUCGUCUACGGGGCGAGGGCUGAGUCCUCCGUCGGGUCUCCGCGGACCUCACCGGGGCCUCCCGCGUGGAGCCGGGGCGCGGGCCGGCCCCAUCACCCCAGUUUGUUCCAGCCAAUAAGAGAAUAUGCUCCCACCAUCUCUGUGGUGUCUUUGGGUUUCUGCUUAGUCCCUCAGUGCUCUGCCAUCAUUUUACUGCAUCCUUACAUAGAUGUCUUUGUCCUGACAGGGACUGCAGAAGGAAGUACCCUAGACCCUGUUCCUGCUAGUACUGAGGUGACAACGCUCUCUGGGGAUGCAGAGACUCUCUCCCAAUCACUUUUAUGCACAGCUCCUUGAAGCAAUGGGGAACUGUCUAGCAGAGACAACAACCCACCUCUAGAACCAUCUCUGGAUGUCUGUAGACUGGAGAGGCUUGACCUCAGGAGAGUCUCCUCAGAGGACUUUGCUGCUGGCCUGGGAUCCCACUAUGGGACUUGGGCUGACCCCUGCCUUCCAUACCUCUGGCGCUUCCAGUGUGCCACCGCUGGUGGCCUAUCAGAGGGACCAAGGUGCUUCUCGUCUGAGUCAAAGCCCACGGGGGCCAGCAUGAAAGCAGGGCUUAAGGAAGGAAGCAUGGGAGAUCCUAGCAAGACCAGUCACGGGUCUGGACUCAGUCUGGAGGGAGUCGGUGCCCCAUUGGGGCUCCAGCUUGGAACUCCCUAGCUAGGAAUCCUCUGCCUGUCUGUGGCCGUGGGACUGGCUCUGACUGCUGGCCUGUGCCACUUGCACAGCCACUACGUGGAGCCUGCUGUGGAUGCUGUUGCCAGGAGCAACAGUGGGGAGAGGGGGUGUGUCAGGAAGACGGGUUCAGGUGGAAUACAACUCCAUCGCUCCUCCUGUGGGUAG